UGCGGAUCGUAUACCGCCUGCAGAGAGCCAAUCAUACAGCAUAGCGAACUACGCUUUGACAUGAUAACAGCGGGAGCACCAUCACGAUAGCUGACCAAUAUUGUCACAAUCCGCACCGAUACCGAUCAUCGCAACAUGCUUGAGCCGCGAUGGCACGAUAUCCACAAGGCGCUUCCAUUUUGGAAGGUAACAACGUCCAUGGUUGCAAACCUUCAAGGUGUGGGCUUACGGAGCGGGCUCCGUGUCCAUCGUCUCCGUUACCCGCAGCCACAUCCGUUGGCGGAUUCCAUUGCAUCGGGAAGGGACAGAAACAUCGCCGCGAGUCUGCACUGCACACCGCGCACUGAUGGCAUCGCUCGUGCAUACUCCCGCAAGAUCGUGAGAUCUGUGGGGAAAGCGCAGAGCUACGGUACCCGAAAAGAUUAGUCGCACAGCGCGAGGUUCUCCACUCCCACUCGAUCAGAAACCUAAGCUGCCUUCGGCUCGCACGCGACUCAGCAGCGCUACCGAGA